AUGAGUGCGCAUCAAGAGACACACCGAGAUCGACAGAUCUGGUUUAGAGUGCUCUCUGGGGUAUUCUUCUUUGCGCCGCAGCUCUACUAUAACCGGUUACUCAAAUCAUGGGUUGAAUCAAGAGUCAAUAUGGAGCGAUGGACUUUACUGAAUCAAGAGCUGCAGGUUGACUGGUCGGCAGGUAUACUUCCUUCAACGGUGAUUCUCACUGCAGACGUGGGAUUCCUCGCUAUUCAGAGUGUGGAUCAAGACGUAAGCUUCACUUUCAAUCGCAGUGUGGGACAGAUAGCCAGUUACAUCUCGAUUAUAUUCACUAUUGGGUAUAUCAUCGCCUGCAGUGUUCUGGAGCGCCAACGUAGUCAAGCCUUAUACUGGUACGGGGAGAAGACGGUAUAA